GUAGGUCAGUCUGUGAGCGAGAGUCACAGGGUUUAUUUAACACGUAGCUCUAUCCACCCUCACUCAUACAUUUAACCAAGACGGAGAGUCGGAACUACUGCUGGCUACGUCUGAAUCGCGGGGUGGCAACGUCGUCUGCAGUCCUUGUCUUUGCUAAAAUUAUACUAAAGCCAAGAAUGAAAAUAUAAAGCAACAGAAACAAAAGUGAUUAUUAACCUGGAGUUGGAAUUAAUACGAACAAGCGGCACCACGAGAGCAUUUAUUUGCUAAACUUAUAAAACAGGAAUAUACUACUGUAUAUUCUGACUGUAGAAAUCGGGGAAAAUCUGCAUACUUUAUUUGGGAUUGUUAAAGAAAAAGAAAAUGGAAAGGAUUACAAGUGCGCAACCACCUCCUUGUAUGGCAAAACACCCGUCACUGGAGAUCUCUGACAUGCAAGCGAUGGACUUCCCUAUGUACGUAUACAAGCCCAGAAGAGGCGUGAAGCGCGGGGAGGACAGCAAGGAAACUUACAAGCUGCCCCAUCGACUGAUCGAAAAGAAAAGGCGUGACAGAAUAAACGAGUGCAUCGCUCAACUAAAGGAUUUAUUGCCAGAGCACCUUAAACUUACAACGCUGGGCCAUCUGGAGAAAGCUGUGGUUUUGGAGCUCACCCUCAAGCACGUGAAAACACUGACGGCUAUGCUGGAACAACAGCAACAGAAAAUCAUGGCCUUGCAGAACGGCAUGCAAAUUGCUGAGCAGCCUUCUCCUAGCCCAGAGAACAGCGAGGAGAUGUUUCGCUCAGGGUUUCACCUGUGUGUCAAGGAGGUCCUCCAGUACCUGGCCAAUCAGGAGGGCGGUAGAGAUGUGACACCCACCCACAUGAUCAGCCACCUGCACAAGGUGGCAUCAGAGGUGCUGCAGGGCACUCCCAGCCCACGUGCCGAGAAGCCCGCCCACAAGGAGAAGCCAACCGGGCCAGUGCCCAAGGGGGCGGAGGGACACGGGAAGAACUGCGUGCCUGUCAUCCAGAGGACUUACCCGCAGGCGGGCAGCGAGCAGAGCGGCAGCGACACAGACACUGACAGCGGCUACGGGGGCGAGCUGGAGAAGGGCGACUCCAAGGCCGAGCGGGCCGUCUACUACGGCGACGAGCGGCAGCUGAAGUACGCGCUGUCCGAGAGGAUGGCAGGAGCCAUCAAGCAGGAGGGCGACGAGCCGCGAGCCAAGCGCCUCCGAGCAGAGUCCUCGGAGGACGAGUCCCUGUCCGGCGUCGAGCCGAUGGGGGGCCAUCCCGGCUACAUGGGCUACCAGUCGCCGCUCUGCGUGCCCUUCUACCUCAUCCCUCCCGCAGCCGCCGCCUACCUGCCCAUGCUGGAGAAGUGCUGGUACCCGGGGGGCAUGCCCGUUUUAUACCCGGGCCUCGGAGGGUCGGGGGCUGGCAUCUCACUGGAGAAGCACCCUCAGUCCCUCAUCAUGUCCCCCAGAGUGGGCUCCCCUGUCGCUGCACCAACCCCCAUGGACUCCCCAGCAUUGCUCCAAGCUUUGAAGCAGGUGCCCCCAUUAAACCUGGAAACCAAAGACUGAUAACUUUUCUUUUCCAUCCCCUUGAGUCCCUCGCUCUUAGAGUUUGUGCUGUCGAAGACUGCCUGCUGGCAAACCAUGAAAGGUAGGAAGAGAACAGAGAGUAGAGGGUACCUGUGUUGUCCUUCAGCAGCUGGAGUGGACCCCCUGUAGCCACAGUAUCCUAGUGAGAGAACACAGCUGUUAAAAGCACGCCUGGUCAUCACCACUCUUCAACCCCGAAAGAAAGAGAGAGAAAGACACGGUGAACACUGAAAACUAUGAGGGGCUGUCCAUGUACUUUGAGAGCACCACAGAAAACCAUGAAGGUGAAAGUUAUGGGCAUGGGCAAAUUGAAAGUCCAAAAAAGAAAGUUGGUGAAUUCAGGAGGUUCCUCUGCACAUCUAGUUGAUGUCAGAAUCAAAGUUUUGAGUGUGAUUUGUGCCCCCCAACCCCCAAACCCCACAGCAAUCAGGACCUUCCCUUUGCAUAAGCACGCCUCAGUUGAAUGUAAAUGGUUAAACCCUGUAGAUGCUGCUUUUCUAAGUGUCUGCAUGCUGUAGACUAAGUAAUGGAGGGUGAGCUGGAGAAUUCUCCUUGUUGUGCAUGUAGCUGCUGAAUAAAACAGAUCUUACCCAGAAACCUGUUCACGCAUAAAGUUCAUGCCAACGUUCUUGUAAAGUCAGCCAUGUGUCUGACUGUUGGCCAGAGCUAUCACUGCAGAUACACACCCUUUCCUAUCUCGCUCAUACGCCCACCACCAAAAAAUACACCAUAGACUUUUUCAAAGAUUAGAGUUUCUUGUACACCUGGUUUUCAUCUCUCUUGAAAAUCAGGACAGUGGAUAAUGCAUAAUACAUAGUGUUGAGAUUAGAAUUCAUUACCAUUUGUACAGAUGGAUUGUAACAUUGUGAGAAAAGUGAUGGAUUCUCUUGUAAUUAUUUUGUUAAUACUACUUGUACAUCUCUAUUUUUGAUACGUGUCCUACAAAUUCUGUACUACCAUGCUGACUAGAAGGAGUUUUAAACAAUUGUUCAUUGUUUGCCGAGAGAACGUGUAUAUAGCACUGUUAGAUCUUGCGUCAUUCUCAAAAUUCAUCUCUGGUCAAAUUAAACCUGUUCUUUAUUCAUGAUGUUGCCUUGUGAAAGCUGAUAAAACCUAUAUCAGACGUUUACUAAAUGUAUUUGUAUGAAUACUGGAAUAUAAAGUCAAGAGAGAAAAGUGAAUGUAACGUUUUAAACAGAGGAUUAGUUUUGUACAGGAAGAGGUACAUGGGAUUUUAUAUUUUGGGACCUACCAGAAAGUUGUUUGUUGUACAUAUUUUGUCUAUAAAUGUUGAUAUACAUUAUAUAAGCAUAAUAAUAAACUAUUUUUUUUCCUGUGGAAAA